UCCUUUCAUAACAGCAGUACUGGUGUGCGGGAUCUGAAUUGGAGACAACGAUGUACCGUCUUUAUAACCGUGUUGCUUUCCAUGUUUUGAGAGUCCCUCUGUUGUCUUCUAUUGCUUAUACCGUUUUUGUUGACAAUUAUUACACGGAAUUUCCCAAAUUUUACGACAGUUUAGAGAUGAAUUGUCUGGGGACGUACUAUGCUGCUUCGUUAAUCACAUGCACCGGUCUGUGUUCUGGUGAUCUUUGUCAAUGUUACGGAUAUAAUUCCCUGACAAAGUCGUGUCGUCUGUACUCGGAAUGUAGAUUCGGUAAUGUGACGCAAUCACGAGGAAACUGGCAGUAUUAUACAUCUGAGAAAAACGCUCAAGGACAUAUUGUUUCGAAGGGUACAGACACUGAUUGCUUUGAUUACUACCAAAGAAAUAUGACAACUUCCGGUGUGUACACCAUACAUCCCUUUGAGGACAACUCUCUACAAGUCCAAGUCUAUUGUGACAUGGAUACUUCUGGUGGCGGAUGGACAGUAAUACAAUCGCGCCAUGAUGGAUCGGUGAACUUCAGCAGAAAUUGGACAGAAUAUAAAGAGGGAUUUGGUUCUGUUUUUAAUGAACAUUGGAUAGGUAAUAAUGUCAUCCACCAAUUGACUAAAAGCAACGACACCCGUAUCUAUUUCUCCGUUACCCUAACCAACGGCUCCAUUUUAUACCAAGAAUAUGACCGAUUUUCUAUCUCGGAUGAGUCGGAUGGCUAUCGCCUAUUUCUCAGCAAACCAUCAACUGGGAGUCUUGGAGACAGACUUGUUGAUACCGGUAGUAGUUCUGACAAUGUGGUGGGCAUGAAUUUUUCUACAAUCGGUCUUCACUCAUGUGCAAGUGGUUACGGAGCCGGAGGAGGGUGGUGGUAUAACAGCUGUCAUGACGCCUAUCUGAACGGUCCGUACAAAUCAACCGCAUGGAAUCAACCCUGGGAUCCACCCAUACAAAGCGGAAGCAAAGUUUCCCGCACUAAAAUGAUGAUUCGUAAAGGCUGAAACGUUAAAGUAUUCUGCGAAACCAAAUUCCAUCAAACGAACACGAAGCAACAACAAAGAGACACGAUUGCAGAGUUCUUAUUUAUUUUUUUUUUUUUUUUUUGGUUGUUUUUUUUUUUUUUUUCAUUGUUCCUUUUUCACUUACUGAUACUUAUUGAUCUUUACUUGACGUAGAUAUUACAAGUAACUAAUUGAUACAAUUUCCUUGGGAUUUCUAUACCUAUAUUAUAUUUUUCAGUUCAAACAAAUUCACUGUAAACAUAUAUCGUGUACUGCUAUUGUACACAAAUAACUGCGUGUGGCAUCGUGGACGUAAUCAAGAUACAUGUUCUACGUAUAGUCAGUUUUUAAAUUGAGAUAAGCUAUUGACAAACAAGUUGAUGGUACAGGGGUUUUGACAGUCUUCAUUGAAGUCAGCAUUUCGCAAAUUAUAUGGUCGUUAAUACAACCUAUCAUUGGGUAAAAUGCUGGCUGACGUGUUUCAUACCGAUUGUUAAGCCGUUCUUGGCACACUGAUUUUGACUACCGAUGACUCUGUUUACCUGAUCAGAAUAUAGGGCCCACGGCGGGUGUGACCGGUCGAAAGGGGAUGCUUACUCCUCCUAGGCAGCUGAUCCCACAUCUGGUGUGUCCAGGGGUCCGUGUUUGGCCAACUAUCUAUUUUGUAUUGCUCGUAGGAGUUAUGAAAUUGAUCACUGUUUGUUAUAUUCACCUCUCAUUUAGAGGGUUCACAAUGGGAAUAAACGAUCAACAAGGGAUGUUUACUCCUCCUAGGCUCCCGACCUCAUACCUACUGUGUCCAUAGAUCCU